UGCCGGGUUGUUUGGUUGCAGUUGUUUACAGUUGUUGUUUGUUGCGGCAAACGUUUCGUGUUGGCGGUCGCGUCGCGCGCUCUAAUUUACAGUUUUUACUCUCGAAAAUGGCAUCAGCGCUAGAUAUUGAUCCAACGUUCAAACAUGCACUUAAGCUUCUCCACUCGCCCCACUCGGAUGCGACAGAAAAGAUACGUAAUCUGCUGGACGAACUCAUCAAGCAACGGUAUGGCAGUGGGAAAACGCUAAUUAACACCCUGAGCAAGAAGCACCUUGCCGAGGAGCCGCUUGCGGGUGGAAGCAAUCUAUACGUGCGCAAGCAGAAAGUAAUCGAACCGAAGCCCAUCCCGGUGAUAAAUCUCGAUCCGGAUCCGGAACCGAUCGCAACCGGUACGAUCGAGUGCAUAGUGAGCGCACCGGAAGCACUGACCAUGCCGCCGCUGUCGUCUGGUUCGAUACUGAUCUCUACCUCCGACCUGGAGGGUAACGACGAGGACGAUGACGUCAUCAUGGAGGAAGAUAAGCUGAAGGAACUGGAAGACUUGAUGUGUGUCGUUUGCCGCUUGAUGGACGUUAGCUCCCGUAACCGGCUGGUCGAAUGUGCCGACUGUCACGCACUGUACCAUCAGGAAUGCCACAAACCCGUGAUUUCGGAAGCGGACGCCAACGACGAGGAGAACGCUUGGUACUGCACGAUCUGUCGCAGCAAACAGACGGUCGUCAAGCUGACAACUCCAGCGGUGGUGCCCACACCGCCCAUACCCGUCGCAACAUCGCCGUCGCCAACUAUUGGCAGCUCGUCGUCAAAGUCAUCGUCCCAUUCGAAGAGUGGUAGCAGCAGCAAGUCUGCCGAAUCGUCAUCCAGCUCUAGCUCGUCCAGCAGUAGCAAGCACAAAUCAUCCAAGAGUGGCAACAAAUCGUCCGAUUCUUCGCACGAACGUGAUAGGGAUCGUGACCGUGACCGAGGCGAGCGCGAUCGCGAUCGCGAGCGGGACCGUGAUCGCGAUCGUGACCGCGACCGUGAUCGCGAAAGAGAUCGCGAUAGGUCGUCCAAAUCUUCUUCUAGCGGUGGUGGCACUGGCUCCUCGUCGUCGUCCAGUGGGGCUGCGAAUGCUGGCUCCAGUGCUGGAAAUUCGGUUGGCACACCGAACAUUAACAUCAUCAGCGCAGAUAAACGAUUGCAAAUGAUGAAGAAAAAGGCUGCCAAAAUGCAAGAUAGCAAAAGGAAGCACAAGUAGACUUGAAAUGAUGGUUAUUGCACUAUAUGUUGCGAAAAAAAAGGAUAAAUGGAUGUAUGUCAUUUUUAUGUAAUUGCUACAUUUUUAGAAAUAUAAUUAUGGAAAGAAUGUAAUGAUUGCAAAGCAUAAUGUUGAGCUCUGAUGAGAGAUACAGAGAGUGAGGAGACAGACACACACACACAAUUUUGCAAAUUUAAUAGGACAAAUAUAGGUCCAUAAAGUGUCCAAGAA